CUGAAUACUGCCUUCUUAUUCUUAUCACCGCUCAUCUUGUGAUUCUCAUUCAAAAAGCUACUACAAACCUUUCAGUGGAAGUCAAAGAUCGUCUUGUUUUAGCAGAUUUGGUUAUAACAAUUUUGUACACUGUUGAAUGCGUACUACGUAUUUUCACACUAGGCUUUAUAAAAGGCCCUCACUCAUAUAUGAAAAGCAACUACAAUAAACUUGAUUUCAUUAUUGUUGUUGAUUCUUGGGUUCACAUUUAUCAAGCCAAAAAGGGCAACGAUGGCUUUUUCCGAUUUGCUUCAUUACGUGCUUUUCGAGCACUAUUAUCACUUCGCCAUUUUUCAUUUUUUGCAAAUGUCAUAGCUAUAAUGGAUGCUUGUCAAGGUAGUCUUGUUCCACUUGGAAAUGUAUUGAUUUUUAUAGCAAUGAUUUUUUCAUUCUAUGCCUUAGUUGGUGUACACUUUUAUGGUGGAAAAUUUAAAUCAAGGUGCAUACGUAAAGAGGAUGGUACUCUACCAUAUAUGCAAGAGUUUUGUGGUACAAAAGGAAAAGAUUGUGAUGGCAAUACAACCAUAGUUUCUUACAUGAGUACCUUUUGUGUGAAAGGCCUUGAAUGCAAAGGAAAUCUUACUAUAGCAAAUGGAUCUAGUGGACCCCAUGAAUGUAAUGAAAAAUUUGGUAAUCCAAACUAUGGGGCAAAUAAUUUUGAUACAUUUCCACAAGCUAUUUUAAUGCUCUUUCAGAUUGUGACAUUUGAAGGUUGGGCAUUACAAAUGUAUAAUAUGCAAGAUAGUGCUGGAUUAAAUGCAGAGAUUUAUUUCAUUGUGAUGGUUAUUAUUGGAAGCUAUUUUGCUGUGAAUGUUUGUGUUGCUGCUAUAAGUGGAGUCUUUAUCCGAGUUCGACAUGAACAUCAGGUUCUUCUCAAAAAGCACAAACGAGAGCAAGCAUUCACAUUUCACAAUGCCAUUAUGUUAGCAAAUGUGUUAAAAGAUGUGAUUAGAAAAGAUGAUGCAAAGUUAUCAUGGUUUGGAUUGGUACGGAGAAAAACGGGAUCAUUCAACCAAAAUGUCACAAAAUUUAUUCGACAAGGUACCAAAAGGAUAUCAGCCAUGUCAAAUCAAGGACAAUCAUUUUUGAAAAGGCAAAUUAGUAGGGGAGCCUCAUUCGGAGCUCGUGACUCGGAUUCCGACUUUGAAGAUGUUGAUGAGAAUGAACUUGGUGGAUCAUUCAAAAAACCAAAGUCCUUCAAAACCAAUAAAAGCAUGAAUCGAAGUAUGAGUCGAAGCCUAAGCCGAAGUUUGAGUAGUGGUGCAAAGAGCUUUACACGAUCAUUAUCAAAGAACACUCACAAAACUGCUCAUCAUGUGCAUGCCACUCUUACAGCAAUUGUACGGAGUCAAUUUUUUAGACUCGCCGAGCUUACACUCAUCACCACCAAUUUCAUUAUUCUUUGUUUCAUCACCGCCAAUAUGUCCAGAAAAACUGAAAAUAAAAUUCAACAUUCAUCAAGGAUAUUACAAAUUGCAUUUUUGGUUGAAAUGGGUCUCCGAGCUAUGGCACAUGGGUGGAAAAAAUACUUCCAGGAUUCUAUGAACAUACUGGAUAUAGUUGUGGUAGUUGUUUCACUCCUUAGUAGCGCAUCAAGUAAACUGCCAAACAUAAGCGCUGUAAGAUUGUUAAGAUUUUUCCACAGCCCGAGAAAACAAAAGUUUGGCAAGUCUGAUGAAACUCCAUCACCAUUGAUGUUGUGCCUGAGGAGCUUCAACAUAUUAGGGAGCUUAUCAUUUUUUUACAUGAUAGUGACAAUUGUGUUUAGUAUAAUAAGUAUGGAAUUGUAUAGUGGGCAGUUUCAAGUAUUUCCAGAGGGCAAUCCACGUGAGAACCAUGACUCAUUUGGAAGUGCUCUGCUCACAUGGUUUGGGGUCUCAACUGGAGAAAGUUGGAUUAACCAACUUUGGAAUGCCAUGCGCCCCGAAGUUCGUUAUAGGUGGAUAUCACCUUAUUUGUUUAUUUGCUAUUUUAUUUUAACAACAUACAUAUUGAUUAACCUUAUUAUUGCAGUAUUACUUGAAAGUACAGAACUUACAGAUAAUCAAAAGAAAGCCAUUCAAAAGCGUGAAUAUUUGAAAUACUUGCGAGCAACACACACCCAUGCAAAAUCAAUAAGAACGGGCGAUUGGUUGAUUGGUGCCAUUGAAGGCAUCCAAGCAAGAGUGCGUCGAAUCUAUCGAAAUCUUAGUGUCAUGGUCCCCGUUUCCAAGAGUGUGAAACAUGUGAGCAUUCCUUUGUUGGAGAAUAAAAUUGCAUCACAAAUGGACACAAGAUCACCAAAAAAUGAGGGCUACCAAUAUAAUCAAGAUGAUGCAAUAAAUAGCCAAGAUUUUCUUGAUAAUCAAGGAUCUUCAUCCACAUCUCUUAGUGAACCACAACCAAGCACUCCAUUACAUUCCAUUUUAGAAAUGCCUGAGAUAAAAAAGAAAAUAUAUUCCGAACAAUCUAUUGCCGCAAAAGACAACAAGCUGCUUCAAAGAAAACACUCGUCGUUUGAUCCCGGUUUGAUGAUGCAAUCAAAUGCUUCAAACAUUACUCCUAUUGAUCAACAAAGUAGAGAUGCGAUUCUACGUCGAAGUAGCUAUAAUGGUAUUGGUGGGCAUUCAAGUCGGCCUCGAAGGUUAAGUAAAGAUGCAACCCAAAUGUUGGUUGGGGCAGGUUUUUCUAAUACAACAACUCAUCAAGAUUUUAGAGAAGAAAAGACAGCCCUUCAAAGUGCCAUGUUGGCACUAGCACACAACCUUAGCAUGCCAUCUUCUCUUCCACUUGAUGAUGACAUUGAUGCAAACCAACAUUUGUAUACAACUAAAGAAGGUGAAGAUGAUCGCCAUCCUUCACCUAAAUCUAAAGUGGAUUUGUACCAUUCCUUGUCUAUACAAUCAUUUAAAGGAUCAAGUAAAAGGACAUCGUUUAAUAUAAAAGAUUAUGAAGGAUAUAAUAUGAAGUAUAGACAAGUUCCUUGGUAUUUCUCCGACAAGUCUCUUUUCAUAUUCAAAAGUGAUGGUCCAACUCGUAGAUUUUUGGUUUUUGUGGUUGAAAAUAUUUGGUACAAGCGUUUCAUCAUGAUAUGUGCAAUUAUUGCCGUUUAUAUUGUGACACAAUUAAAUCCGGCUGGAUUCAUUGACAAUGUUUCCAUUGAUUUGAUGGAUCGUUUCCUACUAUUUACAUGGACGUUAGAUGUUGUAAUGAAAUCUAUAGCAUAUGGAGUCAUAUUCACUCCGGAAGCUUACUUGGGUGAUCCAUACAAUAUAAUUGAUGUUGUAAAUAUGUUUUUCCAAUGGGUGGGAUUCAACCCUCCUUCGGAAGCUUAUAGCCGAGUGGUCCACAUUAUGAACACUAUUCGGGGAACACGGUUCAUUCCUAGAAUCCAAGGGUUACGAUUAUUGGUGUCAAGCAUGUUGCAUACAAUACCUGCAGUGGCAUCUAUGUUUGGAUUCAUUCUUGUUAUAUAUUUCAUAUUUGCAACAAUAGGCAUUCAAAUAUUUCGGCGCCGUUUUGCUGCAUGCACGGACCCAUUUGUUGCAAAUCGAGCACAAUGUGUGGGCACCUUUAUCAAUGAAGUUGGAUUAAGAAGCCACCGGGUUUGGAUGAAUCCGCCAUUACACUUUGAUAAUUUUGGAUCAGCAAUGUUGGCACUCUUUGUUUGUUCAACAACUGAUGGUUGGAUCCAAUAUUUUCUUCACAAUUCUGAAGACAUUCCCAACACUUUGUAUGAUAAUCCAGUUCAAGGCAACAAAUCAAUAAAUUCAAUUUUUUUCAUUCUUUUUAUUAUUAUUAGUAAUUGGCUUGUGAUUCGGUUGUUGAUUGGAGUUUUUAUUGAUCAAUUUGGUAUCAUUUCUGGAUCCAAGUUGUUGACAGAGCGCCAAAAGUUAUGGAGGGACAUGAAUAGAAUUGUACAAAGUUUGUCGCCCAUAAAGCUACCAAGGAUUCCAAUCAAUUCAGUUCGACGAGCAUGUUACAAAUUGGUGCAUGAUUCCAAUGCAUAUCGGUAUUGCAUGAUUUUAAUUAUUUUGACAAAUUAUUGUUGGUUUGCAUCCCAACAUUAUGAUGUGCAUCAAACAAAGACAGUACAAAGUGUGGAGAUGGGGUUUGUAGCUUUCUAUUUGGCUGAGGUUGUUGUUAAAUUAUUUGGAAAUCAUUUUCACGAUUGGUAUCACGACACAUGGAAUGUGGGAGAAUUAAUUCUUGUAUUAGGAUCAUCAGUCUGCCUAUACCCAGAUGAGGGCUCCGUAAUGGCUGAAUGGGGAAUCAUGUUUUAUCUUUUUAGAAUCUUUCGAAUUAUUAGAUUUCUACCAAAUUUAAGUGAACUAGUCCACACUGUAUUAGUGAGUUUGCCCUCACUAAUUUAUGUUGUAGAAUUACUAAUGAUAUGGCUCAUUGAAUUUGGCAUGAUUUUCUAUCAAACCUAUCCGUAUAUAAAUUCCGGCACAUGUGUCAAUAGAGAUGUGAACUUUGAACGGUUUCUUCCCUCUUUCAUAUUUAGCUUUCAGGCAACUACACUUGAUAAUUGGUCAUGUGUGAUGUUGGAGCUUAUGGCAGAACCACCAUAUUGUGUAUCAUCUCAUGGAUACCAUGAAAGUUCAUGUGGCACAGCCCAAAGUGCAAUUGCAUACUUUGUGUUGAUUGUAUAUAUCAUGUCACAUAUCAUCACAAAUUUAUUUAUCGCUCAAAUCAUUGACACAAUUACAUUUGGGCUGUUAAAUGAAGAUGCCAUGUUAUCACCUAAAAAUCUGACACAUUUUCAAUUACUUUGGGCUUCAUCUGAGUUUGAUCCACUAUGUAGUGGUUAUAUUGGUUUGCAAAAAUUGAGACACUUUGUCACUAAAUUGGGAACACCGCUUGGUCGUCGACAUAAUACCCCCACAAAAUGGUAUAGAUUCAUUCAAUAUGAAGUUUAUAACUUUCAUGUUUAUGGCAAAGGAAUUCCAUUUCGCAAUUUCUUGGAGACCCUUGUUUUAUACAAAAUUGGGUCCCAAGGGCUCAUCUUAUCACUACGUAUUGAACGUGAAAAACAACUCAAGCAAAUAUUUAGAAAUGGUGCAGCUAUAGUGAUCCAAUCACAUAUUAGAAGAUUCCUUGUACAAAGAGGUUUCAUAGUUUCACAUCCAAUGAAAAUUGCUCCCAUUAUAAAAGAAGAGGCUUAUGAUGAUUAUGCUGAAGAUAGCAUUGAGAGAUUAAAGAAAAAAAUAAUGGCAAGAUUAAAAGUGGUAUUAAUCACUGGAUAUUAACAAGUUACAAAAUAUAUUUUGAUAAAUAAAGGAGAGUUACUGCAUCAAACAAUUUUUUCUUAGCACCCAUGUGUCACCAGAGUUAUCAUCUAGGACCUGUCAAUUUUAGAGAGGACAAAAAUAUCAAACACCAUUAAUACAUAAAUGGAAGAAACAUGGUAUUCUGGUUUAUACAAUACGUUCACUGCAAAUGUUGAAGAUUUUUGUUUUGAAUAAGAUAAUUAAAAAAUAAUAAAAUCAUAGUCUUCAUUGUAGUUAAAAUACAAAAAUUUUGCAAAAUAAUUUGGAUAUGUUAGUAGGAUGGAGAGAUAUUUUGAUGUGAGAGAUAAAGUUUUUGUUAUGACACUCAUGAAUUUUGAUAAAAAUAUAAGUUGAACUUUUUUAAUAAGGAUUUUUUUCACCAAUUAAUUAAUAUUAUGAAUACCUAUAUUUGAAUUUUUUCAUAGCA